CGCAACAUUGGAAACCUAUUCCGGGUAGCCUUCGGAGAAAAACGCAACGGAUAAUUGUUAAACAAGAAAUGUUUAAUGUGAGUGACACGCAGGUUAAGUAACAAUGAGAGACUUUAUUCAUGACAGGAUCAACUCUUCCGAGAGAACUCUGAAGGUUCUCGAGCUAGCUUAGCUUGCUAGCUGCUAACAAAGAGACCCGGAAGUCAACACAUCGCGAAGCAUAGAUCAAGUGUGAGUGCAAAGUGUUGCGAUUGUGUGAAAAUGUGUAAAGUGCAAAUGCUGAGAGCGUUGGUGAGUCAGCGACUAACUGCGGCUGUUGAAGAAAUAUUUGCAGUGCUGGAAAGAACGAUAACAGAGUACGAGGAGGAACUUUCUCGGACAAAAGAGGAGAACGAGCGACAACGUGAACUACUGGACGCUGUUUUCAAGAAACCUGGAGUGGUUUUACACAGAGCAGAUGUCACUGAAGAAGAUCUUCCUCCUGAGCAGCAGGAGUGGAACUCCAGGGUGGAGCAGGCGGAGACACAGCCCCCCCACAUUAAAGAGGAACCGGAGGAGCCACAGCACCCCCAUAUUAAAGAGGAAGAGGAGGAUCACAGCAUCAGUCAGGAGGGAGACCAUCUUGAAGGACUGAAGGAGUUCACAGUGAUUGGUGUCACUGUGAAGAGUGAAGAUGAUGAAGGUGAAAGUGAGGAGAAGAGAGAGGUGGAGCCUCCAAGCAGCAGCUCAACUCAACACAUGACAACAGAAGCUGAUGGAGACCACUGUGGAGGAUCACAAGCACACAACCUCUUAGCUCCACUAUCAGAUAGUGACGACACAACGUCACACUCUCCUGACACUGAUGAUGAAGACUCUGAAGCUGAUAUGACAUGUCACACUGACAGCACACGCUGGAAAUGUUCUCAAUGUGACAAAACUUUUGUUAAAAAGGGAAAUCUAAAAAUACACAUGAGACUUCACACGGGAGAGAAACCUUUCGCCUGCUCAGUUUGUGGUAAAAGAUUCUCUCAAAGGUCACAGUUGAAAUCACACACAAGAAUACACACUGGAGAGAAACCUUUUCCUUGCUCGGUGUGCGGCAAAAGAUUUUCACACAAAGUUGCUUUAAAUAGACACAUCAGAAUCCACACUGGAGAAAAACCCUUUUCCUGCUCAGUUUGUGGUAAAACAUUCAUUGAGAAAUCAAAUUUGAAAGUCCACGCAAGAUCACACACGGGAGAGAAACGUUUUCCUUGCUUGAUCUGCGAUAAAAGAUUCUCUCAAAAAAAUGAUUUAAAAAGACACACAAGAUCGCACACGGGAGAGAAACCCUUUCCUUGCCUGGUCUGUGCUAAAAGAUUCUCUCAAAAACAUGAUUUAAAAAGACACACAAGAAUACACACUGGGGAGAAACCCUUUCCUUGCUCGGUUUGUUCUAAAGUAUUCACUGAUAGGUCACAUUUGAAAGUGCACAUAAGAUUACACACUGGAGAGAAACCUUUUCCUUGCUCGGUGUGCGAUGAAAGAUUUUAUCAAAAAAAGUAUUUAAAAAUACACGCGAGAGUACACACUGGAGAGAAACCUUUUUCCUGAGCAGUUUGUAGUAAUGUUUGAUCUCAGAAGAUAACUUGAGUACACACACAAGCACAAUUCUUGUCAACGAUUCACAAAUAGCACAAACCUCACUGAACACAUAAUAAUCCACACUAAGGAGAACUUUGACAACUUUUUUUUAAAGAAUGCAUUCAGCGGGUGGUUGCUCAGUAUGGAUGUCAUUUUUUAUAUCAAAAAUGUUGUCCAUGAUUGCCAUUACCAUAAUUUCCUCCUUUCUUUGUGUCUGAGCAGGACCUAGCUAGCACCGGCUCUCCGUGCCGGCCAGACGCUGUUCACGUGAUGGUGCCUUCAGGGGCAUUGCGUAACUCUUAACGCGAAAGUACAAUUUGCAAUAAAUACACUCAAAACGUGAAUUCUACUUGAACUGAAUUUAACUUUGAAUGCAAGCGCUCACUGUGGGAUCCAAAUUUUCAAGAGACUUGUGUGUGUACAGUAUAUGUGUCUGUGUGUGUACGUUGCUAUCGUUCUUUUUAACACUACAAGUAUUUCUUCAGUGACUAAUAAAGUGUGAUGUUUUGUCUCUCUUGAAAUCACAAAACAUAAACGCUAGUGAAAUAAAAACAUUCUUAUGGGAUGUAGUGUUCCGAUGCUUUGGAGUGUGAGAGUCAAGUCGUUCCAAAGGGAGACGUAACUGAUGACAUUUUUUCACAUCAGUAAGGCUCUCAUAUCACAAUUCCAAAUGUCCAAAAGGAGGAGGAAGAAGCAGAGCUUAUUCAAUCCUACCCGCUCUUUGUUUCACACCCAACAGAUACUACAUUUACAUACUACCAUUACUACAGUUCACAUCAAGUGCUGAUGCGUUUGUUCAUUUCGCAUUCCACAUGGUCCCUUUACUGGUUCUGAAGAACUUGAGAACAUGGUAAAGCAAUAUAACAAUGUGCUACAAUGAAGGUGAGGUUAGCAUAAUAGCUCUGUGGUGCUUGAUUCUUCUGAAUUGGGUCAUUUUAGUGCAUUCUUUGAGUUCUUUACUCAAUCUUUUGCAUGCUUUGAUUCCACAUGCAGAUAUGCUGAAGGUUUUUAGCGUUGUGUGGGCGUGUAAGUGUUUUAAGUCCAAUUUUUCCAAUAAGAUCAUAUUGCGUCUCUCGAUGAAAAGAAUCGUAUUACGUUACAUUAGCUCGUUAUUUUUUGCUUUAUGCAUAAUUUCAGCUGUUUGAAAGUUUACCAGAUCAACAAAUUUUAGUAGUCGGUGAUUUUAGGAAUAGAGGGUUUGUAUAUUCUCUGUAAGCGACCUCGUGGAUGACCCUAAUUGAUCUUUUUUGUAGUACAGUUAGUGAGUGAAGUCUGCUUUUGUAGUUAUUUCUCCAUAUCUCCGCACUAUAAGUUAGAUAUGGUAAUACUAGAGAGCAGUAGAGAGUAUGGAGGGAUUUUUGGUCCAGAAAAAAUGUUGCCUUAUUGAGUAUAGAAAUGUUUCUUGCCACUUUAUGUUGUGUGUUUUUAAUGUGGGAUUUCUAGCUCAUUUUGUCAUCUAUUACAACGCCUAGAAACGUAUUUUCAUUCACUUUGUCAAUGUCCACACACAUCUAUUUGUAUUUGCACUCAAGUAUCUUUUCUGCUAUUACCAAAUAGCAUUAUUUUACUUUUACUUAGGUUCAGAGAUCAUCUAUUUUUA